AUGGGAGCAGCACCUUGUUUCGGCGAAACACCAUUAGAUUCAGAACUUACGUCAGAAAUUAUCGAAGCUGUUGAUCAAGCAACGUCGUCCAUUCCUGAAUCUUAUAUAAAUGAACGACAUCAUAUUAUAGAAAAGAUGCGACACGCAGCACCAGGACCCUAUGAAGAUCUACACUAUGCCGAUUAUCUUGAUAAAAAUGAGUCAAGUGUCAAUGCAUUGGCUUUGGAAAAGGUGAUAUCGAAGGAAGCUAAGAAAGAAAUUGCCAAGAAGAUAAAUGAACAAAUUGAACCUAAAGUCGAUGUUAAAACUGCCGACCUCAAUCCUGCUGCGCGUGCAGCUGUUCGCAAAGCAGUGGAAAAAAUGGUCGAACAACUCAUCGAUAAAGCCGUAGAUGAAUUCGUUAAAAAUAUUGACAAAUAUAAUAAACAAACAAAACCAUAA